CUUAUCUUCUUCAACCUUUCCAAACUGUAAAUCUCAGAUUUCUCUAUCAGCAGGAUGAGUUCUUCACGAUCCUCUAUGUCUCCAGUCCCCUUCAAAUCAAAGAAAUCUCUCCAAUCAACUCCAAAAUCCAAACCUGCAAACGCGAUCACCACCCAAACCCCAGAUAAGCCGCCUGCGGAACUCCCAUCCCGCCUCCGGAACCGCCGCGUAGCGCUCUCUGUAAAAGAGGUCAGGAAGAUCGCUCAAGGCAAUCGAGAUGGAAUUCACUGUAAUCAGACUGAGCAGAUCGUGAAGUCCGCCCGAAGGCAGAUCUCGUCUUGGCCCGAGGAAUCCACCGGCGAGUCGCAUAAGCCACGGCAUGCUGCCGUUGAAGAUGAGCCAGCUAGGAUUCCGGCGAAGUAUGAGAUACUGGGUGAGUUUUUUGAUAGCUUGGAUAGUUCGAUUAGGCUGUUGAGAUUGAAGGGUUCCAUGUCUACCUUCACUAAUAUUUCCCCUAAAAUCGAGUGUUUAACAGAUAGGAGAUUUUCUCAUCGACAUUUGGCUCAAUUGAAGUUUAUUUUGCCCGAGGCAAUCGAGAUAAAAAGGGUGCUUAUGUUUGAUGAGCGAACCAGUUGUAUGAAGCCAGAUCUUCAUGUCACUGUAAAUGUAGAUGCAAUUGAAUGUGACAGUAAUUUGAAAUCAGAAAGUAAGAAUAUGCAUUUAAGGAAGGUCUUCCGUGCGCGGCUUGCUGAUUUUUAUAAAGCCCACCCAGAGGGUGAUGAAAUUCCUGAGGAAAUGCUGCCAGAGCCUUUCAACCGAUCAAAGCUAGAUCUGAGUUCAGAAAUGACUAAAGCCCCCACCUCAUCAUCACCGAUUGAGACAUUGGCUAAUGCACAUGUAGGCCAAAUCCGCAACUCCUCGUUGCCUUUGGAGACUAAGGCACUUGAAAAGCAGCAAACAGUUGUGGCAUCUCAUUUCUCGCGAUCUUUCAGGAAGCACUUCUCCCAGAAAAUUACAAAAAGUGAAGCAGAAAAUGCUUACCAGAAUUCUCCAAAGGUUUGCUCCCAACAAUCAAUUUCACCAAUUUCAGAGCCAUGCUUUGACAAAUUCUCUUCCAGUGAAGAAGCUAGUGCUUCUACCUCAUCCCUAACCAGAAUACCAUUCAAAUCAACUGACGAUGACAAAUGUUCAGCAAUUUGUGAUUCUUCGGUUGGUGUGCCUACGUCUUGCCUCCCUGCAACUCCUUGCAAAGAGAUAAACUGCACAAACUAUAGAGAUUAUUCACCCAAAAAGAUAGAUGGCUUCCAGACAACUCCUGCAAAACUUGCUUCGCCUUCUACACUAAUGUCAAUGACACCUGCAUUGCAUCCACCAAAAAGAUGUUAUAUGAGCCCAGAUGAUGAUACCACUGUCUUAGCAGACAAGCUCACAAGGCGUCCAUCACGAACCAGGUCUCUAAAAUUUGAAACUCCUGUGAAGAAUGUUGGGGAUGAACUUAAUGAUAUGGAGGAUGUGUCAGCUGAUGAUGAUGAUGAUAUUUUGAAUAUUCUCCCUUUGAGUCUUCUGCAAUCAAUAAGAGAAAAAGAAAGGAAGGCCCAAGAAGAGCGAGAUCCUGCCGUCUCACAAGCAAAGAAGCGGCGACAGAUGAUUGCCUGCCUGCCAAAGCUCUUCAACAUGAUUCAUUUCUUGUUUCAGUCAAUAAAACGAUCAGUGAUCACAAAAGAGGAGCUUAUACACAAGAUAAUUGCAAGUCAUUCUGAUAUUGUUGAUAGAAGAGAAGUUGAAGAGCAGCUAAAAUUGCUGCUUGAGCUAGUUCCCGAAUGGAUCUCUGAGAAAUUGGCCUCUGGUGGGGAUUUACUCUUCUGCAUCAACAAACUGUCAAGCCCUGAAACCAUACGUGCAAGACUUGAAGAAGCAAAGUGACAAGAAAGCUUCUUGAAAUUUUAAUGUAGAAGCACAUGAGAAUAUUUUGUCCCUUUUUGUUGUGCUAAUCCUGGAUAAUCUAAUUUAUCUUGUAUUUAAGCCAAUGUUAAUAGAGAAGUUUAGCUACUGGUGAUAUUGGUAAAUGUUUAGCAUUCUAACAGAAUGACAAUAUAGUGAAAAGCCAAAUCCUUUUUGUAA